CCCCAGCCGGCGGUUCCACCCAACCGCCGGGUCCCCGCCGCCCGGGCAGAGCGUCGCAGAGCCGCGAGCCCGUGAGGAGCGCGCCGCCCGCCCAGUCCCCGCGCCGGGUCCCGAGUUUCCGCGUCCCCGACCCGCCGCUAUGGCCAGCGAGGAGCUGGCACGCAAGCUGCAGCGGAGACUGCAGCGGGGGCCAGCGCAGGAGGGCGACCCGGAGCCCGCGUCCGCCGCCGCUUGCGCGCUGGAGCCCGCGCCGGAGCCGGAGCUGCCCGCCGGCGCGCCCACCGCGAGCCCCGACGCGGAGCUGAGCGCCCAGCUGAGCAGACGGCUGGACAUCAACGAGGGCGCGGCGCGGCCCCGCCGCUGCAAGGUCUUCAACCCCUACACGGAGUUCCCGGAGUUCAGCCGCGGCCUCAUCAAGGACCUGGAGAGCAUGUUCAAACUGUAUGACUCCGGGCGGGACGGCUUCAUUGACCUGAUGGAGCUGAAGCUGAUGAUGGAGAAGCUGGGGGCCCCCCAGACCCACCUGGGCCUGAAGAGCAUGAUCAAGGAGGUGGACGAGGACUUCGAUGGCAAGCUCAGCUUCCGUGAGUUCCUGCUCAUAUUCCACAAGGCCGCCGCCGGGGAGCUGCAGGAGGAGAGCGGGCUGCUGGCCCUGGCAAAGCUGUCCGAGAUCGAUGUUGCCCUGGAGGGCGUCAGAGGUGCCAAGGACUUCUUUGAAGCCAAGGUCUACGCCCUGGCCUCUGCCAGUAAAUUUGAAGCUGAGCUGAAAGCCGAGCAAGAAGAGCGGAAGCGGGAGGAGGAGAAGAGGAGACUCCGCCAGGCAGCCUUCAGGGAGCUCAAGGCCACGUUCAGCACAUAGUCGGGAGACCUGAACCUCUGUCCACAGCUGUGCCUCACGGAUGCCCGGGGGAGAGCUGGCCGGGCAUCCUCACCCCACCCCAACCAGCCUCCAUACCCACUGAUAUACAAACUCCUUAGCCUCAUUGGGGCAGCAGGGGGCGCUCUCCCGAUGGGAGUCCCUCCGGGAGGGGGGUCCUGGCACAGGCCAGUGGCUCUCCUUGCCUCUCUCUCCUGCCCACCUUCCUCUGCCCAUCUCUACUUGGCCACUUGUACCUUCUCUUUGCUCCUUUACCUUCCGCAUCAAAAAGUGGAAGUUAAUGGUCCGAUACUUCUUUCUUGGGUGGUCCUUAUAGCAGACAGUCCCUGGGGGCUGUGAGGUUAAUGCGGCCUAUUUUCUUGGGAAAUGCUCCCUCCUGCCCUGUUUCUCAUCCAGCCACCCCGUUCUCCUCAGCUGAAUUCUUUCAGUCGCCUGUGCAUCUUUGCCCGCCCUUGCUGGUGGUCAGGUUUAAGGCAGGCCAGGCUGGGCCAGUGCCCAUCCCCUCUCCAAGAGGAGCGUGGCAUGCUACCAAGAUGACACAAAACAGGGAAAAGAUAAGUUCUGUUCCUUCCCAUCGCCCUUCCGCUGUCCCCUAGCACUCCCCCCAGGCCCACCCUCUUCACCCCCUUUACUCACGUCUCCCCAUUUCAGCCCUUUUCCUACUCUUAAAUGCUGUGCUUCUUCACUGUAAUAGUGAAAGAAUAGUCAGAAGUCAUAUUGAGUAGAAGAAUUCCUGUUAAUGCUGACUCUAUGCAAAUUAUAUUACAGUAGACCCCUGACAUUCCCAGGUGACAAACCUAGAGCCUUUUCAAAUCCUCAAGGUCAUGUCCAUCCAUCCUCACCAUGUAGAAAGUGUCUAACAUCUGCUGCAAGGUGGUGAAGCUGUUCUUACUUCCAGCACAAACUUUUGUAUGUUGUGAGCUCUUGGGCUUGCGCACAAAUGCCAGGGGUUUAUUGUCUUUUUAAAAAAUAAUUCCUAGUAUCGUAUUUAUUCUCUGUCACAACUGCUGUCUUUACAAUUAAGAAAACAUCUGCAUUUCUAUCUUGUAGUGAUUUCUUUUUAAAUAAACUGUGCAAGUAGACUUUGGCAUCA